ACUUGUGUUAAAAUGUAAUAAUCACUUAUUCUUCUGUUGUUUGAUACUUUACAUUAGUUUCGGAUGAUACCACAAAUUUGGGUAUCAAUCCGAUACCAAGUUGUUACAGGAUCAUACAUUGGUCAUAUUCAAAGUCCUCAUGUUUCCAGGGACAUAUUUCCUAAGUUUAAGAUAUACAUUAAAAAAAAAAACGAAAGAAGAUGUUGUGAUGCCAAAAAAUAUUGACGUAAUCCUUGUAGUAUCGACUAGAUACGCUACUGUACUUGGUAUCAUUACAGCGGAUGUUAGGUGUAGAUCCACCAAUGGCGUUUGUUUACAUUUUGACGCCAGUGAGCUACGGUGUGUAGUGAAGCAGGUUUAGCUAUUCCUCGUCCUGCAGGGAUGUUACUUGUAAGAAACUUACUUCAUUUGUCGACAUGGGGGCGAGGAUUAGUGAUUAAGAAGUAGCUAAAACACUGCCGACUGAGGCGGACCGGUACUUUUCAGAGGCGGUAUAGUACUGAAUAUAAUUCAUUAGUAUCGCGGGACUAUACUAAUACCGGUAUACCGUACAACCCUAGUCUGUUAUUACAUACAAUGGUUUGAUCACAAUGAAGUCAAUAAUACUUAAACAAAUUUAAAAACUACUAUCUACUACUCAUUUAGAUCCUUUGGUCGUUGCCCUCAAAGUCCUUCUGUGUACAGGGAAUUUUUUCCAGAAUAUUCUAACAUGAAAAUACAAACCUAGACUUCUUGAAGCACUUAUUUCUUGUGUUGUGUUAGAGAUUAGCUUGUCUGAUCCUGGUUUGUUCUUACUGUCUUUUUUAAUUAAAGGAUGUGAAAAUUUUAUCGUCUGAUAUGUCAGUUAUCUGAUUUUUUUAUUUUCUAAUAUCGAAAUUGGCAUUGGCCCCAAAAACUCCAUAUUGGCCCUAGUCCAUACUGCUCAUUGACUGUAAUUGUAUGUGCCUUAUAGCAUACUGUGUAGUAUAAACAUACAGUACAGGCCAAACGUUUGGACACACCUUCUCAUUCAAUGGGUUUUCUUUAUUUUCAUGACUAUUUACAUUGUAGAUUGUCACUGAAGGCAUCAAAACUAGGAAUGAACACGUGGAGUUAUGUACUUAACAAAAAAGGUAAUAACUGAAAACAUGUUUUAUAUUCUAGUUUCUUCAAAAUAGCCACCCUUUGCUCCGAUUACUGUUUUGCACACUCUUGGCAUUCUCUCGGUGAGCUUCAAGAGGUAGUCACCUGAAAGGGUUUUCACUUCACAGGUGUCAUAGUUUUGAUGCCUUCAGUGACAAUCUACAAUGUGUCAAUGAGUCAAUGAGUUACAUUUUUUUCAUCAUCUGUAAGUGGACCCUUGGCAGAUAAUUUUCAAGUUUUUGUUACCGUAACUGGAAAGUUAGUUAGUGUGUGGCAAAAUUUAUAUUUUAAUUAUCUCUUGUUUUGACCACAAUUUAAGUCUAAAUGUUUGUGUGGUGUUCAUUUUUCGCAGCUGUCUGGGGCCUGGGUUUGUCUAAAAAUAACGGACAUGUUUGUGGCCUUGAUACAUUUUUGUAGCCUUGACUCCAUGCUGUAAGUCUGCGAAAAAGACUGUUGUGUUGUAUUCUGUACUGGCCCAUGCUUCACUUCUUACCUGACACAUCCCUUAAUCACCCAACUCCUCUCCCUCCUCUCCCAUGGCACAAGGAGCUGAACGUUUUUUGUCUGUCUUUCUCUCUUGCCCGCCUCUCUAUUCUGUCUGCAGCGCAACUCUAGUGCUCUGUUUGUUUUGGGAUCCUAAAGGGACACGCGGUAGCAAAUGGAUGGAUAAAUGAAAUACUUACGUGACACUUACUUUUUUUGGACCAUACUUUAUUAAAUAGGACAAAUUCAAAAACAAUUUGGUGUCAGAAGUUGGAUUCCUAAAUGACCUACGGCUCAGAGACGGACGGUGACUGGUCCUCCAGAUUUACAAACACAGAUCUGCCUUUUUUCCAAUUCUUUCUGGAUAGGAGGACCGCCCGAAAGCCGGACACCGACUGGUCACCACGGGAUUCGAAGACGAAUAUAAGAUGAUGCAAUAAAGGCAUUCAGCGACGCAAGUUCAACUUCUUCACUUAGAACCUACAGGACAGUGCAAGAACAUUUCAACACAUAUGAAAUGGCCCUUGUAGGUGAUGACGUGAACCAGAGGUCUAUCCUUGAUAUCAAAAAUGCAACAGUGGAAAAGCUUAUGAAAUUUAAGUCUUCGUGCGGUGAGUUUUCAAACUGUUUGCGGUCGGCAGGUGGACAGUGGUACAUUUUGGGACGUGGUGGUCGUAACCGCCAUGGAUGAGAGACAGAAAGAUGCCUACGAAGAUCAGAUCAAAAAAAAAGUUGACCGCAGAGUACUCCCGCUUGGAAUUCCCUACAAAGUCUUCUCAGAUCCCCCUGGAUGUAAAAUAGGUAAUGGAGGCUCCACGCUGCACGCUCUGAAGAACCUUAGAGAUAUCUAUGGCAAAGCUCUUUGCAAGAUGAAAGUCCUCAUGAUCCAUGCAGGAGGGUUGAGUCAGCGCCUGCCCAGUGCCAGCGCCUUCGGGAAGAUCUUCACCACCUUGCCACUGGGUGACCCACUCUACCAAAUGCUGGAGCUCAAACUGGUCAUCUAUGUGGAUUUCCCCUCUCACAUGAAGCCCGGCGUGCUGGUGACUUGCGCCGACGACAUUGAGCUCUAUAGUAUUGCAAAUGACGAAAGGCUUGUGUUCGACAAACCCGGCUUCACUGCUUUAGCCCACCCCUCGCCGCUGUAUGUUGGCACUACCCACGGCGUGUUCGUCUUGGAGCCGCCUGAGGACUCGGCUUUUCGAGAAAUGGAGACGAAAAUCUGCUUGCGCUUUCUUCACAAACCGAGCAUUGACAAGAUGCGAGAAAGCAAUGCUGUUUGUAAGAAGAAAAGCGAUUGUUUUCCAAUAUGUGACCCAGAGUUUGUCUACACAGACAGCACCUAUUACAUGGACUUUGAUACUUCUCAAUGUCUCCUUAAUGUGCUCAAAGAGCUAGGACCUUUAGAGUGUGAGAUUGACGCAUACAGCGAUUUUCUCCAAGCGUUAGGCCAGCAAGCCACGAUGGAACACACCUGCAACACAGCCAACGUCACCAAACAGGAUAGUAGCCUGGUGGAAGUCCGCCAAAAGAUUUUCCAUCUUCUCAGAGGGACUCCGUUGAACGUGAUUGUUCUCAACAAUUCAAAGUUUUAUCACAUCGGAACCACGUCCGAGUACCUCUCUCAUCUCACCGAUGUUGAUGGCCUGAGGAGUAUGCUGAACCUCCAGUCGUGGAAUUUGAGUGUGCUCUCUAAUAAAAACAUAAAUGAGGAUUCCUGUGUGUUAGCCAGCCUCCUCCUUUCCAGUUGCUCUGUGGGAGCCGGGUCCGUGGUGGAGUACUCCAGACUGGAAGAGGGGGUGUCUGUAGGCAAGGGCACACUGGUCAGCCGAUGCUGGGUCAGUCCAGGCUUGUCAGUGCCCGACGGAGUCUCUAUACAUACACUGUGUGUGACCCAGCAGAACAGAAGCGGCUUUGUAACAGUCGCUUUUGGAGUCGACGACAACCUAAAGUCCGGCGUAGAAGCUGCUGCAUCUAUGGAAGGACUGACCCUGUGCGGGGUGACUCUGGACACCUGCACAUCCAGCUGGGGGCUGGGAGACCAAGUCUUGAAGUUCUCCGGUGACACGUCCCGCUGUAGUUUGUGGAACGCCUGUUUGUUUCCAGUUUGCCCUGAUGCACAGAGCUCGUUCUCUGUGUCUCUCAAGAUGCUGCAGGCCGUCCUGGGCGGAUCUGCUUUGGAGUUACAAGACAGGAAGUUGAUAUCACUGCAAGAGGCCCUACAGUGUCAGAAUCUGCUGGAGAUGCAGAACUUCACAGAGAGACUUGUGUAUGACAUUGCAUAGAGAAGGCUUCCCGCUAAGGAAUGAGGAGAGUGACGUUUUUUCUUCAGACUCAAAUUAGGAUUUUGGUAAGAUUACAUCUGUAACAACUGUUCUAUGAAUCUAUUUUUUUUAAAUCAACCUCUUAUCUAGUUUGUUCAGUUCUUCAACUGUUAACGUGCAACACAGUUUUUCACUGCAGAUGGAAGUUGGUCAACCCAAAAACAAUCAAAUGCAACUAUUCUCCUCUACUAUUUCAAUAUUCCAAGACUUUGUGACAAAAAAAUAGAUAAUAAAUUAUGAGAUGUUUUUUGUUGUUUUGCUCGUUAAUGACUUUGUUCAGGAGAAAAAAAGAAUGGAUAGCCUGAUUGUCCUGACAAAGAGAAACGCCUUGAUGGUGGAAUGGUUAAAAUCGAAUGACAAAUGUGGGAGAAGUAGUCGAAAGAAAAAAGGAUAAUAACAGUGGUGUUUAAAAAUGGAAAUUCCUGGAAAACGUAGACAUUUUUUAAUCAGAAAACAUUGGUUUUAAUGUCCAGGCUGAGUGGAGUGUGUGGAUGGUUUGAAUCCGUUUAGAAAUGUGGGAAUCGUGGAAGUUUGAAAAAUGGCCCUUUCAUUUUCAAUGGGGAAAAUGUCCAGCAAAACCUGGAAUUCUCGGUAAUCUGGGAUAUUUGGAAACAUGAACAUGAAAUGUUUGCCAGGGUGUCUUACUUUUGAUCGAGCCGAACAUUUUGAUAUUCAAACGGUUUUGGUCGGGUGAAAAUAUGCACAAUAUUUAACAGAAAUCAGACCUAGAUACAAAAUAUUAAGGAUGUAAAUCUUCCCACAACUCAAGAUUCAAUUUGAUUCCAAUUUUCAUGGUGAAAAUUAAAUUCAGAUACAAUUCUCGAUUCAAAUGGUUCUCGAUUCUAGUAAACCGGUUCUCGCAAUCUAUUAAUUUUUAUGUAAAUUAUAAUAAAACCUUUUCAAAACUGGUUAGAGCUUACGAAAGCUCCUCUUUUCUCCUGACGUAUAUGCGUACUGAGUAAAAGCAAGGACGGCGUGGCGCAGUGGAAGAAUGGCCGUGCGCGACCCGAGGGUCCCUGGUUCAAUCCCCACCUAGUACCAACCUUGUCAUGUCCGUUGUGUCCUGAGCAAGACACUUCACCCUUGCUCCUGAUGGGUGCUGGUUAGCGCCUUGCAUGGCAGCUCCCUCCAUCAGUGUGUGAAUGUGUGUGUGAAUGGGUAAAUGUGGAAGUAGUGUCAAAGCGCUUUGAGUACCUUGAAGGUAGAAAAGCGCUAUACAAGUACAACCCAUUUAUCAUUUUAUUAAAACAACUUUAAAAAAAAUAGUUUUAUGAAAAAUUUGGAUCGAGUAAGAAUCGUAAUACAUAAGAAUCGUGAUCCAGAUAUAAAUCGUUUUUUUCCGGCACGCCGACAAAAUAUUUACAGUACAUGUAUGUAUAUAUAAAUCUACAUGUUAGAGGUGCUCAAAAAUAUCGAUUCUCAUCCAAAUCGUGAUUCCAAUUAAUCCGAUUCUGAAUUGAUUCAUAAUUUUCAAGAAUCGAUUUGGUAUAAAUCAAGAAUUGUGUUUAAUUGAGAAUGAAUUCUGAAUCGAAUUGUUACCCCAAGAGUCGGGAUCGACUCUUGAGUUGUAAGAUUCCCAUUCCUAAUAUGUGUCUGUAAAUGUCAAUUAUUUUCUCCUUUUUUGUCAUUUUUAUGUCAAAAUAUUUUGUUGUCUAAAUUUUUUUUUUUUUAAACAAAGUAAGUGUAAAAUCUUUGUGGAACUAUGAUAAAUAAACUGUG